AUGUCCGCACGCACGCAUGUGCUCAUGAACGCAACCGGGCCGUACCGCUUCUACGGCGAGGCGGUGGUGAGCGCCUGCAUCGCAACAACGACGGACUACUGCGACCUGUGCGGUGAGCCCGAGUUCAUCGACCGAUGCCAGCUCAAGCACUCGGACGCCGCCCGCACGGCAGGCGUGCUGGUCGUCCACGCGUGUGCCUUUGACAGCGUGCCGGCUGAUCUCGGCACGCUCUUCACGGCGAUGCAGUUCCCGCCGCCCGCCCUGUGCGCGCACGCGGACAUGUACCACGUGGUCUCGGUCGAGGGGAGUCCACCUGGCGCGAGCGGGCACGCGACCACCUUUCGCGCCGCGGUCCACGGCUUUGGUGGCGCGGGCGAGACGCGCGCGCAGCGCAAGGCGUCUGCUCGCCGCGAUAGAGUCGAGGCUCUGCAAGGACAGCAUGUCCCACCCCCAACGUCCCUGGCACCCCCCAGGCGCUGCUCGCCAAGCUCGAAGAGGAGGCGCCGGGGAGCUCGAGGCCGCCGCCGCCGCUCGGCCCGAAGCUCAAGGUGGCGGCUGGACCGGCGUGGCAAAAGGCGCGCGCCCGCGCGGCACUGUGAAUGGGAUCGUGUGCCUGACCAACACUAA